AACCCAGAGCAAAGAGCGGGAAGCAGAAAGGCAAGAGAGGAGGUCUCUAAGUGGAUACACUGUUGCUGAGUCUAGACGCCAGAAGAACCUUCCAGGCUGCGACUCACAGUUCUAGCACUGCCUAGGAGAUCGUGGUGGCCCCAGCUUAGAAUCUGCAGAAGCACACAGCUCCAUCCAUACCACUCAGGGUAUGGAGCCUCUGGACCAGUCUAGCCAGGAUAUCACCAGCUUGCUCAGCCUUGGAGUCGACUACGAGAAGGAACUACAGGAUAUGAAUGCUGCGGUGCUGUCGCCUACUGAAGAGUUCAAAGAGGAGGAAGAGGAUGCGCAGUCUGAGCCUGGGCAAGGCACAGCAGCAGCAGGAGAAGAGUCAAAGUUGGCAGGAGCCCAAGGCGGAGAAGAAAAAGAUGGCGGCGGCGGCGGCGGCGCAGGAGCUCCUGGCCUCCUAUGGAAAGAAAACCGCGAGGGCAGCAGCGGCAGCGAUGGCGACGAUCAGGGCAGCCACCAGAGCGAGAAGGAACCCAGACAGCAGGAUUCACCCCCACCGGGCGCUGUCGGGGGGCUGGAGCCUGGCAACGCGCAGGAGCCCAGCGUCCACGCCUUCACCCCCUUGCAGCUGCAGGAGCUGGAGCGCAUUUUCCAACGCAAGAAGUACCCCAGCGAGUUCCUGCGGAGGAGGCUGGCAAGAAGCAUGAAUGUGACUGAACUCGCAGUGCAGAUUUGGUUUGAGAAUAGAAGAGCCAAGUGGAGGAGACAUCAGAGGGCAUUAAUGGCGAGAAACAUGCCGCCCCUCAUGGUCGUGGGCCAGCCUGUCAUGGUAACUGCAGUUGAGGCCAUAAUGGCACCCUUGUCCAUCAGCGGGAUGAGAGAUGGUUACUUCUGGGGCUACGGCCAUUCCAGCACCCUGGGUUUCUCCAUGUCACCCUUUCCUCCUCCGUCCUUGCCCCUUCCAACUGUGUUUCUUCCACCUAUGCCUCCCUCUGACGAGGCCCAAUUUGGCCGGUUCCCUUUUGUUAUCAUGCAUUCUUUCACAUUCCCCAAUGUGUAAGGGAUACCCUCUGUGCCACUUUUUGCCAGAGCGUGUUUGAGCCAGUUUCGUAGUUUGCGUAGCACCCCAUCAAGAGUAGUUCAUCAAAUGUCUAUUAAAUGUUUUAAAGAAAAGUAGAUUAUUGACCCAUUUUUAGGGCACUUUUAAAAAUGUUUCUAUAAAUAUGUGGAGGGUAUGUACAUUUGUUUUGUGUGUCACAUGGGGUCAGUAAGUUCUGAAUAAAAAUUGUUAAGAAAUGCCAUUCAAACCGAA